AUGAUGUGCAAUUGUCAUUCCCUCACCGUUUGCAAAUUGGAACAGAAAAGAGGACGAUACUGACCUGAUAUUUUGUCUGCAUAUGCUGUAGUCCGAUAUUGUCAGUGAAUCACAAUGUCCUCUACAGCUUGUAGAAUGUGCAGGAAUCUGCUGAAGACAUCUAGCAAGAGAAUUUUACCUAUAACCUCAAGUCUGACAUCUGACUUGAAACCAAAGAACAGGAACAGUAUCUCAGUCCAAUACUACAGUAAAUGUAGACAUUAUAGCAGCAGUACAAGUUACCAGGAUAUCAUUUCUAAAGAAAAUGGAGAAACUAUUAUACAUAGUCCAUAUCCAGAUGUCCCACUGUGUAAUAAAACAUUUGGAGAGUUCAUGCUCUCAAACCUGGAUGAAUUUAAGAACUUGGAUAUGAUGGUAGACUACCCUACGGGGAGGGUAUUUUCAGGGGCAAAGAUAAAAGAACAGGUGAUAAAAGUGGCUAGUGCAUUGACAAGACUUGGGUACAAGAAUGGAGAUGUGGCGCUCCUCUUCUCCACUAACUGUCCAGAAUAUCCUGUCAUCUUUCUGGCAUGUGCAGCCAUUGGUGUAACAGUGAGCACAGCAAACCCAGUCUAUACACCAAGUGAAUUAGCAAGACAACUUGUACACAGUGAAACAAAAUGUGUGUUUACAAAGAAAGCAAUGUUGCCGACAGUAGAGGAGGCCUUGUCUAUAGACAAAGUUGUCUCAGAGAACAUUAAAGAUGUUAUCAUUAUUGACGGAGAGGCAGAUAAGUGUCGACCCUUCCAGACAUUGCUUGAUGAUAAUGGUCAUGGAUUUCCAGAGAAUGUGGACAUUAAUCCAGCUGAAGCUAUUCUUACCCUCCCUUACAGCAGCGGGACCACCGGACUCCCUAAAGGGGUCAUGUUGUCUCAUACUAACAUGGUGAUGAACCUCUUACAAGCACAAACAGGUCAGAUGAAAUUUGAUACUGGUAAAGAGGUUCUUAUGGGGUUGCUGCCAUUUUAUCAUAUAUAUGGUAUGAUGGUGCUGCAGUUCGGGACGUUGAGUCAGGGGGCAAAGGUGAUCAUACAUCCCAAGUUCGAACCUGAGGCUUUCCUACAAUCAGUUCAAGAUUAUGAGGUAACAUAUUGUCAUCUUGUCCCACCGGUUGUUUUAUUUCUGGCAAAACAUCCCAUGGUAGACGACUACAGUACAAAAUCAGUCAGAACUGUUAUUAGUGCAGCUGCACCACUUGGCAUUGGGGUCACACAUGAGUUGGAGGAGAGACUAAACAUUAAUCUUCUUCAGGCAUAUGGUCUGACAGAGUGCAGUCCCUUGACACACUAUGAUGAAUACCCUCAUAAAAGAGGUACAAUUGGUCGACUGGUACCCAGUACAAGAUCUAAGGUUAUAGAUCCUCUGACAGGCGAUGUACUAGAGGCAGGGGAAACGGGAGAAAUACUGGUAAAGGGUCCACAAGUCAUGCUGGGAUACCUAAAAAAUAAAGAAGCCACUGAUAAAACUGUUGACAAAGAUGGUUGGUUAUAUACAGGUGACAUUGGACAUGUAGAUUCUGAAGGGUAUUUUACCAUAUCUGAUAGGAUUAAGGAGUUAAUCAAAUACAAAGGAUAUCAGGUUGCCCCUGCUGAGUUGGAGGCUUUACUGUGUACUCAUCCAUCAAUCCAGGAUGCAGCUGUUGUUGGGCUACAAGCAGGUGAAGAUGUUGGGGAAGUACCAAGAGCUUUUGUUGUAACCAAACCAGGGGAGAAGCUCCAAGUGGAAGAUGUCACAACUUUUGUUGAAAAGAAUGUUGCACCGUACAAGAAAUUAAGAGGAGGUGUAGAAUUUAUUGAAGAAAUACCAAAGACUGCAAGUGGAAAAAUAUUACGCAGAUUUCUUAAGGAUAAAUAAGUUGCAACAUUUCAGCAAAGGUCAAAAAGUGAUAAUGAUUGCUCAAGAAACAGAUUGUGAAGACAUGAAGAAGACUGCUUAUGCAGAAGAUGUGUUAUAUUGUUUUGCUCAUGUUUGUCAGUUACUCAAUAUACCAUUUAUUUUGAUGUUUAAUUAUUCGGGUCUACAGUGGUCAAACAUCAUAGGUUGAUCGCCUGCAGGCAGUAGAUGACACCUAAUACAUUUGGAGGUCAAGGUCUAUUUAACAAAGAUAUGGGAUCAGCAAUUAGAAAACUCUUAGGCUUACUGUAGUCAAACUUCAAAGGACGAUUCUUUGCUGUCAUUAAAUGCACCAUAUGGUUCUUUGGUCAGUAGGUCUAAGAACAAUGACUCAAAGACUGCCAGGCCUAUAAUGGUUCUUAUAAAUAACUUGGGAAUGUUUUGGUUUAUGACCAUCAGUCUUCAUGGCUAGAUUUCAUAUGGCUUGUAGACGACACCUAUUAGUUUGGGAUGAUAUGUAAAAGGUCAAGGUCAAAGUGACAUAGAUUGAUAUUGUUUCUUAUUAAUAACUAAAGAAUACCCGUGCUUAGGACUGACGAACUUCAGAGGAUGAUGGCC